AUGUACAGCACCGCGAGCAAGGUCUACACCGUCGAGGACUGGUACUCGGGCGAGGACUUCUUCAACAAGUGGGACUUCUGGGACCAGGCCGACCCCACCAACGGGCUCGUCGACUACCAGAACCAGGCCGAUGCGCAGAGCAAGGGCCUCGCGUACGUUGACCAGACCAAGAACCAGACCGUCUUCCAGGUCGACUCGUGGUCCCAGGUUGCGGCUGGUGGCCACCGUGCCUCCGUCCGCAUCUCGUCGCAGAAGACCUACAAUGGCGGUCUGUUCAUCCUCGACGCUGAGCAGAUGCCCGUCGGCUGCGGCACCUGGCCGUCGUGGUGGACUGUCGGUAGCAACUGGCCGUACCAGGGCGAGAUCGACAUCAUCGAAGGUGUCAACGGCGUCGGCGUGAACCAGAUGACGCUGCACAGCGGCACGAGCAACGCGUGCACGAUCACGAAGCCGUCGAACAACACCGGCUCGGAGAACUUUGUGCAGUUCAGCGGCUCGCCGCUGCAGCUCAACUGCUACUCGACGCAGGGCGCGGACGCGGGGUGCGGGAUCAAGGACACGGCGACGACGUCGUUCGGGCCCGGGUUCAACGCGGCGCAGGGCGGCGUGUACGCGAUGCUGUGGGACACGACCAAGGGCGUGUCGAUGUGGAACUUCCCGCGCGACCAGGUGCCGCAGGACAUCACGGACGCGCAGCCGCAGCCGUCGGGGUGGGGCGUCGCGGCGGGCUACUGGCCCGCGAGCUCGUGCGAUAUCGCGGCGAACUUUGUGGACCAUGUGAUGGUGAUUGAUACGACGAUCUGCGGGAACUGGGCGACGGGCGCGUACGGCGCGUCGGGGUGUCCUGGGACGUGCCAGCAGAUGGUUGCUAACGCGUCGAACUUUGCCGAUGCCAAGUGGAAGAUCAACUACCUGGCUGUUUACCAGUAA